AUGUCCUACAGCUCCGAAGCCCAGGUUGACGACGCGUUCGACACCGUCUCCAACACCUUCAAGGCCAACACGACCAAACCGCUAGCAUGGCGCAUCAGGCAGCUCCGCAAGACGUGGUGGAUGCUCCACGAUAACCGCGAGCGCAUCGUCCAAGCCCUCCACGCAGACCUCAACAAGCAUCGGCAGGAGACGCUCCCCGUCGACGUCGCGGGCAUCCAGAACGCCUGUCUCGAGGCCCUCGCCAACAUCAGGCGCUGGACCAGGGACGAGACGCCCCGCCGCACCGACCCCCUGAACCUGUUUGGCGGCGCUCGCAUCCGCAAGGAGCCCAAGGGCGUCUCCCUCAUCAUUGCCGCUUGGAACUACCCCUUCAUGGAGCUGUUCGAGCCCAUGAUCUGCGCCAUCGCCGCGGGCUGCACGGCUGUGCUGAAGCCGAGCGAGCUGGCCCCGGCGUCGGAGCGCCUCAUCGCCGAGAUGGUGCCGGAGUACCUUGACCAGAGCGCCAUCCGGGUCGUCACGGCCGGACCCAGGGAGAUGAACUACCUGCUCGAAAGGAGGUGGGACCACAUCUUCUUCACUGGCUCGACCGCCGUCGGCAAGAUCAUCUACGCCAAGGCUGCGCCGCACCUUACGACCGUCACGCUGGAACUUGGAGGCCGGGGGCCUGCUAUUGUGACGCCGUCGGCGGAUAUCGACCUGGCCGCCAAGAGGAUUGCCAAUGCCAAGUUUAUGAAUGCCGGACAGAUCUGCGUCGGUGUCAACCACGUCUUUGUCGACCCCUCCAUCAAGCAAGAGUUCAUCUCCGCCCUGAGCAAAUACUUUGACCAGUACCGGUCUGGUCAGUCCUGCCAACCCGCAUACGCCACCCGCAUCGUCAACGAUAAGCACUUCAAGCGUCUCGACAACCUCUUGGAAAAGUCCCGAGGAAAAAUCGUCUACGGGGGCGAGCGCAACCCCGAAAACCGCUUCUGGGCCCCCACCAUUGUCGACGGCGUCACCACCGACGACUCCCUCCUGUCCGAAGAGCUGUUUGGACCUAUUCUGCCCAUUCUGGACGCUACCCUUGACCAAGCCAUAUCCUAUACUGUCAAGCAUGACCACCCUCUGGCCCUGUACGGCUUCACCUCCUCCCAGGCCGAGAAGGACAAAAUUCUCCGCCUCACAAACUCCGGGGGUGUCACCUUCAACGACGCCAUCCUGCACAUGAUUGUCAAGGAUGCACCCUUUGGGGGUGUUGGGGCCUCGGGAAUGGGCGCAUACCACGGUCGCUUUGGCUUCAACGAGUUCACCCACCUCCGCACCGUGGUCAACAUUCCGGGCUGGAUGGAGUUGCUGCUCAAGAUCCGUUACGCCCCGUAUUCUGAUAAGAAAGCUGCCGCCAUGGUCAAGUUCACCGGAGCCAAGACAACCGUUCCGUUUGAUAGAAACGGCGACGACACUCGCGGUUUUCGUGGCCUUUUUGCCAAGUCUGUUAUUCUUGUGCUCGUCUUGGCGUUGUUGAAAUGGAAAGGCUGGUCCGUGUCCGAGGUGAUGCGGGUUGUACAAAGGACGUAG